AUGGCCAAACAGGUAGUAGCUAUGCCCAACAAAGAAGUCUUCGACGCAGAAGCAGAAGCAGCUCUUACCAGAUUGAAAGCUACAAUGCACUCAACAGCCCAACAUGCACCAAAUCUUUGGAUAUGCCUUGAUAACCUCGAGGUCACUAUCCAACUCCUCUCCUCACCCACAGGCUCCUCCCAAACUGUCUUCAAGUCAUUCAAUACACUCGCCGCUACCUGGCCAUCAAGAAGGAGACUCCUCCAAAUUGAGGGCGGGGCAGUCCGAAUCCGCUGGGUGCCUGGACAUGCGAAUAUCCCUAGAAAUAAAGCAGCAGACUGCGCCACUAAAGAGGGCACAGAGAAAACCAUCCCUACCUCUCAUCCAUGGUCAUAUGCAGCACUUAAGCGACAUACCAGAUCACAAGCCGCCUCAAGAGCACAGACGUAUUGA